GGAGUUUGUGAAGCCAACAGCAGCACCAUGUUCUACGGCUCUUCCUCUGGGGCCAGUAUGUCCCUACCAUCCAAGAGCCGCCUGAAACGCCAGAGCAGGACCUUCACACAGGUCCUGUACCGUACUCUGAGUUACAGAGACCGGGUCCCAGUAGAAACCGGGACAAACACUCGCGGGGACCGGCGCUCGACGACCGAGCCCCCGGAGCGGCCGGCGGACGACCCGGCCGAGCUCUCCACGCAGAGCUCGGCCCCCGGGGUGCUGAAGAUCUUCGGAGACGAGAUCUGCGCCGGUGCCAACUACAAGAGCAUCCUGGCCACCCCGCGCUCCAGCGCGCAGGAGCUGGUCAAGGAGGCCCUGGAGCGCUACUCUCUGAACAAGAGCGCGGCGCACUCCUACGUCCUGUGCGACGUGAUCGGCCGCUUGGAGGGGGGAGGAGGAGGCGGAGGAGAAGGGGGGUGGCGGACUGAAUGCUUGCGCGCGAUGGGGGACAACGAAAAGCCUCUGCUGCUGCAAGAGCUGUGGAAACCCCGAGAAGGACACGCUCGCCGAUUCGAGCUGCGCCGGAGAGCAGAGGUGGAGGAAUACAACGCCAAGGAGAAGGACACCAUCACUGCUGGGCCCAAAGCCUCCCAAUUCCUGGCGGCUCUAAUGGGUCGGUCCGGGCUGGGCAAACACAGGAGCUCCCCCCUGCGCUGUGGUCGAGUGGUACAGUCCAGCUCUAAAGAUAUUAAUGCUCAGGCGCGUAAGCUCCAGAGGAACAGGGCGAAGGGGACGCUGACCCUGCCCCGACCCAGCAACUCGCCCUUCUGCCGCAGCCUCAGCGAGACCAGCCUCAACCAGCUGGGAGUGGGAGAUGAGCCCAAGCGGUAUUACUCCACCCUGCCGGGGCCCUUAAGGGGUCGGGAACGCGACGCGGCCUCCAGCGGCCGGAGGAAAGAAGAGGGGAGGCACUCGCUGUACCAGUCCGCCCACCUCCUGCUGCUGCAGGGAUACAACCAGCAGGACUGUCUGGUGCACCUGCUGAACAGAGAGCAGCACACCGUCGGCCAGGAGACUCCGUCGGCGCGCCCCAACAUCUGCCUCUUCGCUCCCGACAUCCUGCCCCUCCACUGCCGCCUGCGCCGUGUCCCCGGGCCCCGUCGCCAUGCCAACAACAAGAACCACCACCACCACAAGGGAGAGGAGCCGGGGGAGAGCCAGCGGUGCUGCGUCGCCGUCGAGCCGGUGCUCCACGCCACGGUCCUGGUGAACUUUUCCCGCUGCGAGCGCUCCACCACGCUGCGGCACGGCGACCUGCUCUCCUUCGGCGCGCACUACAUCUUCCUGUACAAGGACCCCGCGGGCGCCAAGCCCUUGCCCGCUCAGACCUUGGCGCGCCUUCGCUCCCUCGGGCAGCUCUACGAUGCCGCGGAGGAGGGGGAGGGGGGCGCCGCUCAGACCUGUAAGGCGUGCGGCUCCGUGUUGAAGGACAGAGCGGCGCAGGUGUCCAGUGUUCCCGCGGUCAGACGCAGCUUCAAGCCUCACCUGGCGAAACCCCGCAGCGGGGGGGCGGCAGCGGGAGCGCCCCACGUUGUGUCCGGAGGGGAAGGAGGAAGAGGAGGGGAAGGAGGAAGAGGAGGGGAAGGAGGAAAAGGAGGGGAAGGAGGAAGAGGAGGAGGAGGAGGAGGGGUAGUGUGUCAGAAAAGACGGCUGCAGCUGGAGUUUGACCCGACUCAUGAAGACCAGCUCUUGAACAGGAUCGUGUCUCUCAUCGAACCUGGAGGAGACGACCAUAAGCUGACGCCGGCCUACCUGCUGUGUCUGUGCAUUCAACACUCGGCCUCGACCUUCCCACCGGGGAGCUUUGGAAAACUGCUGCUUAAGAUUGUCCGACGAAUCCAGACCAUCGCAUGGGAGAAGACAAAGGAGCUGGCUCAGAAGCAAGUUCAGCACCAGGACCCGUCCACCCUGUCUCUGCUCAGUAUCUCCGACUUGAUCCCAGACCUGCAGACCAUCUUCUUCUGGAUGUCCAACUCCAUUGAGAUCCUCUACUUCAUACAGCAAAGGGCACCAGCGUACACACACAGCAUAGAGACACUGCAAGGGUCAAAGGAGUCGCUGCUAUCCGCGACCAUCUCGGCCAACGAGGAGGCGAUGACCAUCUUGGAAGAAGUGAUCAUGUACACUUUCCAGCAAUGUGUCUACUAUAUCACCAAGGCUCUCUAUGUGGUGUUACCAGGUUUGUUGGACUGUAAUCCAUUCCCAGUCGACAGCUCUGAGCCCUGCUGGAAAGGAGGUGUCGGGUUUCCUGAACCUGUGCGCAGGGUGCUGCAGGUGUUCCAGAAUGGCCAGGAGCUUCUGCAGGGCUACCAGGUCCACCCCGAGAUUCAGGCUCAGAUGUUCGCUUACCUCUUCUUCUUCUCCAACGUGUCGCUGUUUAACCAUCUGAUGGACAAAGGUCCAUCUCGGGGUUGGUUCCAGCGCUCCAAGGUGCUGCAGAUCCAGGCGUGUCUGCGGAUGGUCAUGGAGUGGGCCAGCAGGUCCGGUCUGGGACAUCUGGCGGACAAAUUCUUCACCAAACUCAACAGCACUGUGUCCAUACUGGCCACGCCCCCAAAACAGCUCACACAGAUGAGCUGGCGAGCUUUGUCCAGUGAGCACCCGGCUCUGAAGCCGGUGCAGCUGCACAGGAUUCUCACCCAGUACCAGCUCACGGCGGAGAUCGGCCCCGUCCCAACCUGGCAACCCAGCAGCGAGGAUGAAGCGUACAUCUACAGAACAGUGGACCUCCUGGAGAGCUUUGAGAACCACCCUCCCAUAGUGCUGCCCAGCGCUGGCUUCGGAGUGGACCUGGACAGCGAGUGUGUGGAAGACAGCAUCUACCGCCAGCUGCUCUACAUCCGUCACUACCUGUGGGGGCUACGCACCAAGACGCAAGCGCACACCACCACCCCCCCCGUGCACACACACUCCAACGGAACCAACACGGCCGACUGGCCCGACGUUCAGAGGGAGUUGCUGCCUCCGGCCAGCAGCAGCCCCCGCUCUGCGGGUCCUGGGGACGAGGCGACGGCCGAGACGGGAGAGGAGAGGGCCCGGGAGAGGCCCCCGGGCCCGCCGCACACACACAGCCUCCGGAGGAACGGCACCGCGCACCACCCGCGCACCGCCAAUCCAGACCCGUCCUGCCUUCUGACGCCCCCCCACACCCCGCUGUACCCGGACGGAGGAGUCGGGGGCCACGGCGGAGGCCCCAACGCGCAGACCAACGGCUGCACCAGCAGAACUGCGGCAGAAUGCAAAAAGACCAACGAACUCAUCUCCAACGGACUGGAGGGGUGUAUUAGUGGGUGUGAGUUUCCCUUCCCUGUAUCCUCCCCUGGCGCCCCUCCCCUUGCUGAUGACUUGUGUGUGGUGUUUGUAGUGGAGCUGGACAAGGGACCCUACGGACUGGGCAUGGGACUCAUCGACGGCCUGCACACUCCUCUCAACGCCACCGGCAUCUACAUCCGGACUCUGAUCCCCGACGGCCCGGCUGCCUCCGACGGCAGACUGAGGAUCGGAGAUCGCAUCCUGGCCGUGAACGGGACCAGUCUGAUCGGAGCAGACUACCAGAGCGCGGUGGAUCUCAUUCGUCUGGGAGGAGGUCGCCUCCGUUUCCUGGUGGCCAAAUCUGACCCCGACGUCUCGGAGAAGAUCAGCGCCUCCUCCUGCUGAUCGCCUCCCCCCCGAGCGACCGCUGCGUCCGCCACGACCGAGAGGAGAGGUAGGACCGGCGAGACCAAACGCCGUUGCACGAACACACGCAGCAUGAGAUGCGAACGUGAAACCCGCGGCGGCGUCGGCACAAAGCCGAGCAAUCCAACCGGAGACGACGCUCCACGACUCCACAGCUGCCAGAGCGGGAAAAUCGCAGCGAGGAAAAGUUUCCCCAAAUGAAUCGGCGUUUGUCCAAAGCAGCCGGACUGACGGCGGUUUCAAAGCACAGCAGGCCUUCGACUUCCUCUUCGGUCGGAGCAUGUGCGCACUUUGGACUUUCUUCUCCCCCCCCUUCCCCGUGUAUUUCUAGAAAAGUGAAAUGUGUUUAGUAAUCGAGUCGUGAGGUAGCGCGUUACAAAUGUAUUUGCGGACGAACGAGAGGACGCCGGAUGUUUUACACGGUGCUUUUAGAGUGUUGUUUUAUAAUCCGACAGACUGGACAGUUGCGUCUGAAUGUGGACUUUUGUACGUGAGUGGGUGACGGAGGAGGGCGACUCGACACCUCCAGGCCCUGGGCGCUCCCAUUUCACUUUGAGCCUCAUCACUGGACUUUAUACCUCUGCGGGAAGAACCGGAUCAUCACCGCAAACACGCGUCGCUCCAGAGCUUCUGUGUGUACAGAGCUCACUUUUAGUUGUGAAUAUGUGCUCUACGUCUCUGGUUCUGGAGGUGGUAAUAGUAGUUUGUAAAAUAUGAAACACGUGGUCACAUAUUGUUUUGACAUUCAAAAGAGAAACUGAGAAUUUGGUUGUUAAUCCAUUGGUCACUAAACAAGAGAAAUAGCCAGUAUUUUCUGGAAUGACAGAAAUAUAGUUCUGGAUUCUUUUUCUAAAUGUUUUGAAUGUAUUUAAGUUCUAUGAACAGGAAUGAAACUGUUGCUGCUCACAGGUUGUUAGCUACACCCGUAUUACAAAAAAAGCUCUUUGUUGCUUGUGGUGUCGAGCCGAAGUCAUUUUCUUUGCCGUGAGAACAAAACCGGAUUAUUUCACCACAAGUGUAUUAGGAUCGAGGCAGAAAUCUCAGAAGCAUAUCAAAACCAAAAGUAUCAGCAGACUUAACACGUUUUUGGCUGCACUGACACUUUUGAGAGUUCCAGCUCGAACAAUACCAGGUCACCUUUUUAUAAAGUGCACAGCGAGGGUCACUCCAGAAAAAGAAUGCCAUGAUUAGUCAGUUUUAUGCUGCCUGGCCUUCCGCUCUGGACCUCCGUGGGGAGCGCUGACCCCCUGCAGAACGAGGGGGCGGAGCUGAAGCUGAGAGCGACUGCAACGACAGAUACUUUCAGUAUUGAUUAUUCUUCCAGUUAAUCAUUAAGUCUGUCGUGUCAAAAAAUGCUUUAGAAGAAUUCACGGCUUGUUUUGUCCGUCCAAAAGGUCAAAAAACAAGAUUAGUUUUACAAGUAUUUACAUAAAGAAAAGUAUUCAAACCCAAAUAGUAUAUUUGAGUGUUAAACAAGCUAAUUGUUUCUGAAUGAUCAAAACUAAUAAUUUCAACUCUAAAUGUUGCCGUUUGGUUUGCCUGUUUUUAUUUAUUGUGACUGAUUCUCCAUCAGCGUUGUUUUGAUUCAGUUCAUUGUUUUGCAGUAACAGAAUUUUAUUUUUGUGCAUUUUAAAAGUGUGUACUACAACGAUGUCAUGCAUGUCCAUUCUUCCGAUCAUCAUUUCUACUGUUGUGACAAUGACGGUACCUACGAAUAAAGACUGUUGGAUACC